AUGCUGCCAAAUUACACCGUCGCCUUUCUCGGAGCCUUCAGGCAUCCGGCCGAGCAAAAUCCUUCGUUUUCCCCUGUUGAUGCGUGUCCUGGUGAACACAUGCGACAACAUGCCUUCGAUGCCUCACUGGUGACCCGGUGGGAUCUGGGAGACCGCGACGAGCUGCUUGUCGAAACGCUAGAAGCUGCAGUCUUGCUUCUAGGCAUUCUGGGCAUCUGCCUUAUCUGCAUGUUGGUGGCGGCAAAGAAUGCCGCGGCUGAAGAGCAGUUUGAUUUUGUGCAAAGCCAUUUUGGCGAGUUGGAAGUGCUGCAUUGCCAGCUGUCCACAGAGGUCAGCGAUGCUGAUGUGAGAGCUGCAGUUGAUGACCCCUUCGCAUGGGGUCAGCUUCUCGCCUUCGGCUGGUUGUUGCUACGAGCUCUGGGAAAUCUGGCUCUUGUGAUCUACGCUGCAGCAACACUCGCAGAGAGGGAACCUCACAAGCCGUGGGAUCUUGAGAGGCACAUAGUGGCAUAUGGUGAAGGCCUGUCUGCGCUAGUGAACCUUAUGUAUUGUUUCGGUUUUCUAAUCCUUUGGGUCACGGUGUCGGACGACAGAAUCCCGGUCUGUCUUGCCAGGGGCAUCCACUGCUUUCGCCUGGCAUCUAACUUGUCAUCCAUGAGACUUUUGACACUGGCAAACCCAGCAGUUGUGUGGACGGGGGCAAAGCAGAUCUUGACAAAGGAACCCUGUAUGGCCAAGCUGCAGUCGAUGGGGUCUUGGAAGGCCUUUGCUUCACGUGUGAUCAUCUACACCUACGUAUGUGUUCUGAUUCCUGUGCUUCUGAGCAUCGCAUUGAUGGCGGUGUUGGUCAAAGUUUCGGAGUUCGCUUUCAUCACCCUGGGAGAGAGAUGGACACCGCCAGACUACGUUCGUGUCGUUCUCUUCGUCAAUUCUCUGGCAGGCCUGCGAGGAGAUGUGGAUUUGCAACGACGGUUCACCAUAUUGAGCAUGUUUGAUGAUGGUGAGAAGGCGGUGUUUGCCCGGUUCCAGGACAAACUUGCUGGCCAAAUGGUCAGCUCUCAUGGCAGACUUGGUGGCAUUGUCGCUUUCUCAAACAUGUCAGCCGAUCAGAUCAUCAAGAUAUUGAAGAAAGAAGCUCACGAGAAUCACUAA